CGUCACCAAAGGGUUCUCCUCUAUCACUGGCAUGGCCUGAUGAUCCCAUAUUAAUCCGCUGUAGGUUUGUAACCCUCGACCCAUGCCCCUGGAAUUGGCUCACUUGCAACAUCGCCAUCUCUUGAGGACAUGGGUCUCCUUCUUGGGUCGGGGAGCUACAUUAUCGCCGCUCUCAUUCUCAUACUCCUCGCGCGUGCCAUCUUUAGACCGGGGAGGGCCAUCAGACGCAAUGGAGACCGCUUGAGGAAACCUCCGGAUACACUGCCUCUCGUGGGCAACGGCCUCAAGUUUCUGCAAGCUCGCUGGAAGCUGCUUGGCUGGUUCAACAGCUGCCAACGUCACUUCGGAUAUGAGACAGUUGCGCUCACAGUGCCAACGCUGCCGCCGGGGGUGCUCAUCCAUGAUCCCAAGAACCUCGAGUUUGUCUUCAAACACGAGGGUCUCUUCACCAAGGGCGCCUUUGUGAGGCAGCGGUCGUGGGAUUUAUUUGGCAAUGGCAUCAUAAACGCCGAUGGAGACUUCUGGAAGCUACAGCGGAAGGCUGGCUUGGCCUUCCUCAAUUCGGCCAACCUUCGAGUUCUUACCGAGGUUGCCCUUCCUCAAUACCUGCGUGAGAGCAUCGCAGACUUAAGAUCGAGCACCGACAGGGGUGUCGUUGACCUGCAACAUGUAUUCCACGAGAUCACCACGAAACUCAUGGGCAAGAUGGCCUACAACAUGGAGAUGCACGCAGAUGACGAGUUCUCAAAGUCGUUCGAUUUCGCCUCGGGUGCCACCGCCGAACGCUUCCAGAACCCCCUGUGGCCUGUCACCGAACUGUUCACCGGAUCCCGCUUCCGCAGGUCAGUAGCCAUCGUCAAGGACUUUGGCAGACGGAUUGUCACGAGUGCGGUGCAAGACCGAGCCGGACAAAGAUUACAGGGCAAGAAGCUUGACGGAUCCACGGAUGAGAGCAACCACCUCGACCAAAUCUCCGGCAGCCUAAUCCAGUCGCUCCUCGAGGCUAUAGGCAACGAGGAAAUGGUGGCUGACGCCGCGCUGACGUAUCUUUCCGCCGGCCGCGAUACUACCGGGCAAGCUUUAACCUGGGCAUUUUACCUCCUGAUGCAGCACCCCGAGGCAGUUGCCAAAAUCCGAAAUGAAAUCCAGCUCCUCCUUUCCACCAACCAGGCCCAAGACCAAGACAAAUCGGGUCUCGACCCUACCCUCUUCAUUCCGGCCUCGGUUCCGUACACCAUGGCCGUCUUCUACGAGACUCUGCGCCUGUAUCCGCCCAUACCCUUUGAAAUACGCCAGUGCCAGGAGGACACGACCCUGCCGGACGGCACCUUCCUGCCUAAACACUCAGUGUUGGUGUGGUGCCUGUGGGCGAUGCAGCGGUCGCGGGAGACGUGGGGCGAGGACGCCGAUGAGUUUCGACCCGAGCGGUUUCUGUAUUUUUCGUCAUCGUCAUCACCAUCGGAGGGAGAGUCCGAAGAUGGGAACAAAAAGAGAGAGUCCGGUGCCGGCGACGGCCCCAGGCUGAUCUCACGGAGCGCGCCCGAGUUUCCCGUCUUCUACGGUGGUGCGCGGACGUGUCUCGGGAGAAAGAUGGCUGAAGCUAUUGCUGCGCAGACGAUUCCGACUCUGUUAUGGCUGUUUGAUUUUAAGCCGGCGUUUGAGGGGGAGAGAAUCAGCAAGACCAGCUUGACGCUGCCUAUGGAAGGGGGAUUGCCGGCGAUUGUUACGGAGAUAGAAAGGUCAAGUAAUGGAGGGGGUUACUCUCCGGCGUUGGGUGGACGAUGAUACCAAUGAGAUGAUAUAGAGGAAAACUGGAAGUGUAUAUGAGGUGUUUCGCACCUUCAUGCGUCAAAACCUGCUCAAUGGUAUCGCUUGCCUGAAGACUAAGAUUUUCAAUAUCAAAAGUCUUGAACCCUUACUGGGCCCGAAGGGGAACUUUAUCCGUAUUGUACCUUUAACGUCCUUCAUGACUA